UGGUCUUGAUUUGGUGUUCCUGCGAACGAGCGGACGGGCUGCCGGGUCGCCGCGCGUAAAGCCUGGCUUAUCAUAUGUGAUAGGCGGGUCGGGGAUUCGGCUCCCUCAGCUUUAAUCCAGCCGAUUUAGCCUCUAAUGAAAAAAUGUUUACUUAGCCUUGGAGUCCUUCCCCGUCGUGACCUCACCGGGCCGCCCCUGCAGUUGAAUGGGAUCCCUCAUCGCCUCCUGUCUGUCGCUCGUUUUGGCACCGACUGUCUCUGCCGCUGCUCCAAAGCCCUGAUUUUAGGAUCUGCGAGCUUUUGGUUUCUCAGAUCAGUUCAUUAAUGGUUUGAUGCGAAAUCCGCCUGUGUGAUCGGCAGCAGAGCGACGACGCCUGAUCUCCAGCAGCCUGCGCUUCAGGGCCUUGGCCAUGGGGGCAUCCAAGAGUAAGCCCAAGGAUGUAAGCCAGCGAACUCGCAGCCUUGACGGCAACCUCAGCUCCGGGGGAGGGGCUGGCGGCCACCACCUCAACUCCAACCAGCCGUCUUCAACACCCAAUCGUAGCCCGUCUGCGGAUGGAGGUCUCAGUGGCAACUCGUCUAUGGCCAAUAACGCAGAGCUGGCCCUGUUCGGAGGUGUGGACAAUAAUAGUGUCACCUCUCCCAACAGAAUCACACUAGCCGGAGGCGUGACGACCUUCGUGGCAUUGUACGACUAUGAGUCCAGGACGGCCUCAGAUCUGUCUUUCAGGAAGGGUGAACGCCUCCAGAUAGUCAACAACACGAGGAAGGUGAAUUGCAGAGAGGGGGACUGGUGGCUGGCGCGCUCCCUGACCACUGGAGAGAGCGGUUAUAUCCCCAGCAAUUACGUGGCUCCAUCCGACUCCAUCCAGGCAGAAGAUCAUCUCAGACUGAGUCUAGAGUCCAGGUGGUACUUUGGCAAAAUUACUCGCCGUGACUCUGAGAGGCUGCUGCUAAGUUUAGAGAACAGGAGAGGGACUUUCCUGGUCCGAGAGAGUGAGACCACCAAAGGUGCCUACUGUCUGUCAGUUUUGGACUACGACAACACCAAAGGGCUGAAUGUGAAGCACUACAAGAUCAGGAAGCUGGACAGUGGAGGCUUCUACAUCACAUCACGCACACAGUUCAGCAACCUGCAGCAGCUUGUCAAUCACUAUCGCAAGCAUGCCGACGGGCUGUGCCACAGUCUAACAGACAUUUGUCCUGUACUGAAGCCUCAGACUCAGGGCUUAGCCAAGGAUGCCUGGGAGAUCCCCAGAGAGUCCCUCCGUCUCGAUGUCAAGCUCGGACAGGGCUGCUUCGGCGAGGUCUGGAUGGGAACAUGGAACGGUACAACACGGGUGGCAAUAAAAACUCUGAAACCCGGCACGAUGUCCCCUGAGGCCUUUCUCCAGGAAGCUCAGGUCAUGAAGAAACUGAGACACGAAAAGCUGGUUCAGCUCUAUGCUGUGGUGUCUGAGGAGCCGAUCUACAUUGUCACAGAGUACAUGGGACAAGGCAGCUUACUGGAUUUCCUGAAAGGUGACAUGGGUAAGAUGCUCCGCCUCCCACAGCUGGUGGACAUGGCCUCACAGAUUGCUUCAGGGAUGGCCUACGUGGAGAGGAUGAACUAUGUGCACAGGGACCUCAGAGCCGCCAACAUCCUGGUGGGAGAUAACCUGGUGUGCAAAGUGGCCGAUUUUGGUCUGGCUCGCCUCAUUGAGGAUAAUGAAUACACUGCUAGACAAGGAGCCAAGUUUCCCAUCAAGUGGACGGCUCCUGAGGCUGCUCUGUACGGCCGCUUCACCAUCAAAUCUGACGUGUGGUCGUUUGGGGUCCUGCUGACUGAACUGGCCACUAAAGGCCGGGUGCCCUACCCAGGUAUGGUGAACCGCGAGGUGUUAGACCAGGUGGAGCGUGGCUACAGAAUGCCGUGCCCAGCAGAGUGCCCUGAAUCCCUGCACGACCUGAUGCUGACCUGCUGGAGAAAAGAGCCUGAGGAGAGGCCCACUUUUGAGUAUCUGCAGGGCUUCCUGGAGGAUUACUUCACCUCCACAGAGCCUCAGUACCAGCCAGGAGAGAACCUGUAACUGGGCUGAGCAUGGAAAUGUGCAUGUGUCAUGCAUGUGCAAAACUGAGCAUGUGCAUCUACUUCAGAGUGUGUGGACCAGAGUGUGUGUGAGUGUGUGUGUGUGUGUGUACAGUAUAACGGGGCAGAAAGCCGACUGCAUUCUGGGUACAAUCAGUAACUCUCUGACAUGAAGGAGUGUCAGUGGGACAUUAAAGCAAUCAGCAACAUUCAGUUCCUACCUGUUUCCAAAGUCAGCGUGACGCUCUGCAACAUGUCAGCUCUGAGGGGCUGUUUUCAAAGGAAAACACUAAGCUGUGGUGGUAGAAUUUGACUUUAUCCUUCAGUACUUUGCUGUAUUGUUUGUCAGUCAAAUCAGCGCCUCUCGCAGUCGAGCAGGUUUUUCUACCUGCCUCGUGUUUGCAGGCCGCCCUGAUGCCACACAUUUCCCAUGCGCUCUUCCUGUGCUAACUUACCCGACUGAUCCGCUUCAGGUGCACUGCAGGUGACACUGACUGCAGGUUGGUCCAACAUGAGAGGCCAGAGGAUGAAUGUUGGAUACAAGUAUUGUCCCGCUAACGGCUUCGUGUCUGUUUGUACUACAUUUACUUUGGGAUACACACACGCUGUCUUCCAUUUUGUCACCUGAGAAGCAAUUAAUAAGGACGUAAAAUAGUUUUCCGGGAUAUUAUCAGUCUUAUUUUUGUUUUUAAUCCUGGAUCAACUGGAAUAUUUUGAGGUUAACAGUUGUUUUGUUUUUUGUUUUUUUUUAAUUUUGUAACUGUGCUUCUCCCUGUGCAACAUUGCCGCUAGUUUCCCCAACUGCUGUGAGAUUUUGUAGAAGACUAACACACACACUCUCUGAUUCCUGUCAGAAGACAAACUGCUUUGUGGCUGUGAUCAACAUAACAGCUCAACACAAAGAGGGGAAGAGGCAGGGUCUGUGUCUCUGCUUUCUGAUUGACUACUGAUCGCUGAGGCUCAUCUCAGGACGGCGAAGAGGACUUUUGUGCCAAUGAAAAUCUCUUUUGUACUCUCUCCUGCUGUGUGUUUUACUGCUCUGAACUUUUCUUACCAUGAAGUCUGAGUCAUGUGAGCAGAGAUUCUGCUGUCCUCCUUCUCAAAAGAUGAUCUGCGGUUGUGACAUCCAGCGCCUGUGCACCAGUACCAAGCAGCUCAGCAGCGUGGUCACAAGGUGCUGAUUUGUUUUCAAAUUAAAACCAGGUGAACUAUUUCUCCUUUCAGUUCUGACCGUCGUUAAUAUGAAGAUUUCUAAUUUAAAUCAGCUUCAGCAUCCCCCUAAUGAGUGCAUCUUUGAGCACGAUCGUACACUGGAGACAUUUUGUUGGAUACAUGAGCAGCAGAGUGAAACUGUUACUGCUGGUUGUGGUUAUGUCUUCCUCCUGCCUGUAGGGGGCAGUGCAGAAAGCCUUCCCAUAAACAGCAUGUUAUCGCAAACGAUUUGGCAUCCUCAAACUUAACUGUAAAUAUCCUUAAUGCUAAUAUUUUUUUUUUGUAUAUAUCAUCUUUAUAAUUUAUUCCUUUUCCGAUAACCCAAUUGUUUAUUUUGCCUUCAGCAUCAUCGUUCGGACUUUAAUGUUGAUGGUACUUUUAUGGGUUAAAUAACAUCUGACAAUAAUGAUAUAAAUAUAUAUUCUAGAAACACUCUUACUUCUGUGAAACUUCUCUUGGUUGUACAUUUUCAGCAUGACUCACAGAGCUGGCGAGGUGAGCUGCUCUGCGUCCAUUACCACACGCCGAUCAUCUACCAGCAUCGCUCCUUCCCACAAUACAAUCAAAACCGCAAAUGUUUACAUCGUGAUAAUCUUCAAAUCGUUUUGGUGCUGCUCCAGAGGCUGGUAAAUGAAUCAGGUGUCGUUCUCCUCGAACAUGUCUGUUCCUCUGAGAACACCUGGUCAACACGGUGUGUGUGUGUGUGCUGCCCGGCGUGGACUCCCUAAAACACUCCUGAUUCUCAUUUAAUGAUUCCGUGCAGAAGAUGAUGUGACUGCCACAAACAGAAGGACUUUGUUAUCUGUGCACGCAGUGAACGCACUGGCCUGCGUGGCCGUGGUCCAGCGUCGUCCCCUUCUCGUCCUGUCCCGUCCCACUGAAGGUGUGGAACCGGUCAUCUUGUCUGUAUGCAGCCUGGCUUCCGGGCCAAGCUCGUUUGCUGUGGGGUUCUGUGGGUCUUCUUUCUGGCUAUGCAGAUAUUUUUUAAAUCUGUGAUAUUCCUAUAUACACUCUUUUCUACUGUAUUCAAUGGGAGUUUUCAGAUAAACGGCGCUUUGUUAAAUCCUACUGAAUAUUGUUCAAAUAUGAAUUAGUAUGUUUGAAUAAAAUUUGUACAUUGCCA